AUGUCGUCGUCAGAGGACCCCCGUAGCUUGCCACCGUUCUCAAACUUUAUAGCGCUAUCUUCGCGGCCACCUCUUCAUCCACACUCGAAUAGCUUCUCAGACCCCCGCUUGUCGCUCGCACCCGUACCUUCCUCUCCAGAUCGUGACCAGAAGAGCAACGCCCGGCCCUCAACAUCGGGUCCUACUCGAACUUCGCCUCCUGGCUUGGAUCGUACCAACUCCACUGGAAAGGGCUCGACGGCACGAACCGAUGAAUCCGGCCCGGCCAACGAUGAUUCAGAUCGUCCAAAGCGAAAGCGCCAAUCCCAAAGCUGUGAUGCUUGUCGUGCACGCAAAGUGAGGUGUGCACGUGAAAACCCCGAAGAUCAGACUUCGAGCUGCAAACAUUGUCAAGCCCUCGACAUUCCAUGCACCUACGAUUACCAGCCCAAGAAGCGUGGCCCUCCUAAUCUAUACUUGCGUCGCCUGCAAGAAGCUGCUGCCGCCAACUUAGCGGCACAACAGGCGGCCGCGGCGGCCGGAAAUGUUGCUCAGACUUCCAGCGCAAAUCCCCCCCAAACCCCAGCCCACUCUGCUGGAGGUAUCCCCGCUACCGAUGGGAUCUCUCCCGCGCCCCUCUCGAGUGUUCCUGCUCAUGGUCAACAUGGACGGGCGCCCAUGUCUGUUCCGUCUCAACCUACGGUCCCUUCGUCGACCAACGAGCAGCCUGUGCAUAUUCCUCUGACAUUAUCAACAGGCCCCUCUUCAAUCAUGGAGUACAAUGCCGCUCUCUCCUCAACCUCCUCUCUGCCCGUAAACUUGCCGCCUUCGCGCUACCCUAUUGCCGCAGACCAAUUUCAGCCACCCAGCUAUGGUCACGGUGGACAAAGCCCCGGUGCUACUUCAGAUGGCGGAAGUGAAGGCCGUCCUCAGACUGCUGACGCUGCUUCCCAAGCUCAUCUUGAAGCAUCUUUCUCCAGUAAUCAUCCUUUGUACAACUGGUCGAUGCCCUACAAGCCUAACGGAUACGGAAACUCUCAUCCAUCCGGAAUGUCGUUGUUGCCCCCUCUCUCUUACUUCUAUCGGCCCCACCGCCUUGAUGAUGUUGCUCCACGAGAAAGGAUCAUGCACAUUAUCGGGGUCUUCUUUGAUCUCGUCUAUCCUCUUACGCCAUGCAUUCACAAACCAAGUUUCAUGGCUGACCUUGCCAAUCGCCGAGAGGAGCGAGAUCCGCUGUUCUUUGCGCUUGUUAUGUCGACCGUGGCUAGUACGCUGGUGCAGGCCCCCCGGAGCUAUAUUCCCAUGGACAGGCCUUCGGUCAGGAGAUUAGCACAACAGUGUCACGAGGCCAGUCGCCAUAUCACGGUUGCAUCUUAUGACCCCCCUACAUCAAUGAUGGUCGUUAUUAGAUACUUCGAUACCUGCUAUCACUUCUGUGAAGGUCAUGAUGCUACCUCGCAUGCUGCAUUUGGCGAGGCAGCCCACAUCGCGGUCACUUUGCAUAUGCACGAAGAAGCUUCAUAUGAGGGUCUAGAUCCUAUCGAAUGCGAGAUCAGGCGGCGUACGUUCUGGCUACUCUUUGGUGCUGACAAGAGCAUGAGUAUUCUUCUCGGUCGACCCAUCUGUCUGAGGGACGAGGACUGCACCCUUCAUUUCCCAAGGAGGUGGAUGACGAAUAGCAACAUCACUCUUAGUGGCAUACAGCCGCAACCUCACGGCAAGACAGCGAUCGUCUCCGGACUAAACUAUAUUUCUCGUAUAUUCGCACUACUUGGCGAGAUUCUCGUCCGCAUCCGAGUUGAUAAACGUUCUCCCCCACAAGGCCCCUUUGCGACUGCACGACUUGAAGAAGUCCGCAGUCUGCACACCCGUAUUUCCUCAGCACUUAUGCAUGCUCCCCUGCCCUUCGUUUGA